CUAACUAGUACUUGAUUCAUCAUUACUUUAUCAGCUUUAGAUCAACAUGAAUUCAAUGGCUCCUGUUUCAUACAGUUCUUCGACCACCGAUCAUAACGAGUGUAAACAAGGGGUUAUCCGCAGCACAGUGAACUUCCAUCGUAGCAUUUGGGGCGAUCAAUUUCUCACAUACGAUGAGAGAAAGGAUCAAGCUUGGGAGGAGGAACAAGCAAAAGAACUUCGAGAGAAAGUGAGAAAAGAGCUAGUGAUCACAACUUUAACCAAACCAAUGCAACAUGUGAAGCUAAUGGAACUUAUUGAUGCGGUUCAACGUCUCGGUGUGGCUUAUCAUUUUGAGGAGGAAAUUGAGGAAUCCUUAAACCAUAUCUUUGUUACAUAUGGGGAUCAAUGGAUCAAUGAUAACCUCCAAAUCACUUCACUUUGGUUUCGACUCCUACGACAACAUGGGUUCAAUGUUUCAAGUGGAAUAUUCAAGAAGUACAUGGACAACAAUGGAAAAUUUCUGGAAUCCUUAAGAAACGAUGUCCAAGGCAUGCUUUCUCUGUACGAAGCAGCAUACUUGAGGGUGGAAGGAGAAGAAGUUUUAGAUGCUGCCAUUGAAUUUACAACUUCAGAACUUGAAAACAUAGCCAAAAAUCAUGUGGGGAACGAUGAUUCUCUUAAGAUACAAAUACAACAAGCACUACGACAGCCUCUCCGAAAAAGGUUGCCAAUGCUUGAGGCGUUGCGCUACAUACCAAUCUAUGAGCAUGAAUCUUCUCAUAACGAGGACUUGCUAAAGCUUGCCAAGUUAGAUUUCAACUUGGUCCAAUCAUUGCAUAGGAAAGAGCUUAGCCAAAUAAGCAAGUACGUAUAAAUGAUCGUUUUUUUWWUUAGAGGAACCACCCAUUUUUCCCAAGGUGUUAUUUACCACCUCGGGGAAGAGAUGAAAAAACACCAUGUUAAACGUUUGAUAUGAUGGAAAUGCUAUCAAAC